AUGGUUCUUCCUAAAAAUAAGAUUGAGGUUCUGAGGUUGGACCACGUGUCGCAACAUUAUGCUCAACAUGUGUCACCUCAUCACAGUUGUAACAAGAGAUUGGAUAUGAUAUGUUACCAUUGUUACGAACUGUUAAAGUUGAAGAUCAGAGGACGCAAGGAAUUCCAUGCUAAGAAGAAAUGGAAACCCAAUGCUACAUCAACUUGCUCCAAAGCUCAUACAGAACACAUAGGUUCCUCUAGUAAAGGUUGGUGGAAUAUGAACUUCAACAAUUCUAAACAUAAUGUCACCAAUAAUGGUAAAGUUCUUAUGAAGAAGUUUUUAUCUGAGGAAGUCAUUCGGAGUUUUCAAGGUUUGAAGAUUGAUAAAGAGAAUACUCUGAAAAAGCAAAGACCAACCAAGAUGUCAGACAAGAUGCUUCAACAUCAUACUCAUGAUUCUAAAUCAUCUCAUGAGGAUUGUAUCAUUAAAGGGAAGGUUGAUGCUUAA